AUGUCAGAGAGAAAAACUCCGGCGAGAAAGAAUAUUCCGUCGAAUAGGAGAGCAGCCAGCCGCAAGGUCGAUGCCAGCAGAUGGGGAAAGCUGCGGAGGCCACCGGCGAAAGCCGGUGCUCUGAGGAGGACCAAAUCGGAGCCGUCGCUGCUGAAGCAGAACGCCCGGGGCGGAGAAGCCAUGCCGGAGGAAGACGAUACGCCGUCGUAUUUGCCGCAGACGUGGACAUACAUGCUCUCGUCUCCGGAUCUCACUGCGCCUCGAUCGCCGGAAAAAUGCUUCCCGGCUUACAAUCGAGAUGCCAAGGUUGUGGUGAAUGUGACAGUUGAGGGAAGCCCGGGCCCGAUUCGGGCUAUGGUCAAACUGGGGUCCAACAUCGACGACACCAUAAGGCUCGUGGUUGAUAAAUACAAUGAAGAAGGCCGAACCCCCCGUCUCGAAAAAGAUGCCGCUAAAUCGUGCCAAUUGCACCACUCGCACUUUAGCCUCGAGAGCUUGAACAAAUCGGAUUUGAUCGGUGAUAUUGGCAGCAGAAGCUUUUAUCUUCGCAAGGGCAGUAGUUAUGAUAGUCGAGCCGUCUCGACAAGUGGAUCUUCUGCCUCAUCUCUCUGUCUUCUUCCGAGCUUCAUUGAUCGAGGGAUUAUGGAAGUCUUACGAAGAGCACAGAAGUUGCGGAAAUUGUUCAGCUGCAUACCGUGGAUUGAAUGA